GAUAAAGUUAAAAAGUUGUUUAAAAAGAUAUCCCAAAACAAGUACAUUAAAAUCCUAUCACAAAAAGAAUUUCAUUAUUCACAAAAAGAAAACAUGGGAAACGUUGGCCCAAAUGAAACCUAAUUAAGCCCCAGAAAGACUCGGUCGAUCGUCGAUGUUUUAGUGCUAUCACAACAAGAUUUCCGCAGCAUCCUCAUCAUCAGUUUACUCUUCCUCUCCUUCCUUUCUCUGGUGUGUGAUUUUAAUCGUCGAUUCCCCUUCAAGUUUUUAUUUUCUUGCCUUUUUAAUUGAUGUGAUGAUGGCUAAGAUUCAUAUAAUAUACCUAGUUACCUUUUUGAAAGUAUAUUAGAUAUUUUAGUUGAUAACAACGAUCAUUUUUUUUUUCUAUUGAAUAUUUGUAUGCAGAGAUAAGCAACUCACUAAAUAUAUAAGAGCCCGAUAUAUACCUGUUUCAUUCACAACCAAUUACUUUUUCCAUUUUAUGGAUGAUGUAAAUGAUAUUACGAUGAGAACAUAAGUUAGUUUGAUUUUAUUUAAGAAAAUUUACGAUUUGACUGAAACAUGAUCCUGUUGAAAAAUCUUUAAAUAGAAACACAGAUGGUUUUGAGUGCAUGCUAUCAGUACUGAAGUUUCAUCUCCUUGGAAAAAUGCAGGAUUACACAAUGUCAGAUUAUCUAUGCCAAGAGUUGAUAAUUGCAAUCUUCACAAGACUACCACCCAAAUCCCUCCUCCGGUUUAGAUCACUCUCCAAAUCAUGGUAUUCUUAUAUCUCUAGUCCCUCUUUCAUCCGCAUGCACGGUUCUCGAUCCACACAAAAGCUCCUCUUCAGACAUCAUCUUCGUUAUGGCUUUGAAUACUUCCGUACGUUAUUGUCAGAUGACUUUUAUACAUUACAUUCAGAAGACCAGUUGCCAAUGUGUCCCACAGAAGGAUACAAUGGUAUAACAGCAGUCCAGUUUCCAUGUAGCAGAGAUUUCAUAAUUGUUGGUUCAUGUGAUGGAAUAUUCUGUUUGAGUGAACAUCAGAAGGGAAUUAGUCUAUGGAACCCUUCAAUAAGGCGCAAACAGAGCCUGCCUAAUUGUCCGUGGAGACCUAGAGACCCUUUGGAAGGGUUUGGGCUUGCGCUUGGGUUUGGUUUCGACCCAAUCAGUGAUGAUUACAAGAUUGUCCAGAUAUCAUACCCCAGAGAAAGUUCAUAUUUUUAUUCACUAAAGACAGGCACUUGGUGUGCGAUUGCCUCCCCUACACCUUUUUUUUCUGAAGUAAGGAGAGGCAUUUGGGGGUCAUGUUUUGUGAAUGGAGCUUUGCAUUGGGUGGUAGAUCGUUAUCAUACAGAAUCACAUCACAGUGAGAUUCCUUGUAUAAUGACAUUUGAUUUGAGCACUCAUGUUUUUGGCAUGAUUCCAUUGCCUGAACCCUUUCAGAGAUUGACAAGACUAACAACCUUCCAAGGUUUUCUAGCAAUGAUUUCUACGUAUGAUAAUAACAGUUACUAUAGAGAUUGUUGGAUUUGGGUGAGGAGAGAUGAUUCUUGGUCUGUCGUUUAUAAAUCGAAAGAAAAUCAGUUUAAAGGAGGAUCAAUUAUGGGAGUUUUGCAACCGACCAUCAAUAGAGAUUUUUUGCUUUCCGCUAUGAAUGAUCAGGGGAUGGAAGUUUAUCUUAUUAAGAUGGGGACACAAUCAAGACUAGUGGAAUUCCAUGCCGCUUCUUUCAUAUCCGAGAUUGUUCAGUGUGUCGAAAGCCUUCAUUUGUUAGAAAACGCCUGCGAAGCAAAUCAACUAUUGGUUUCUUGAGGAAAAAAGACAACUAAAAUUUGGUAUUUGGAUGAUUUAUUAUAUUAUUUUUCUAAUUCCUUUGACACUCUUAUUCAACAUGAGAUGAUGUCACUCAAUGAACCAUCAAUGGUAAGCUUAA